AUGAACAUUGAGGAUAUUGUGCCAGAAUUAUUUGGCGAAAAGCGUGUUUAUUACUGUCAACGAUGCCUCAAUCAUGGACUGCGAGAGAAAAGGAAAAAUCAUAAGCAAAAUUGCGCCUUCAGCACCUGUCAAUGUCCAGAUUGUAUACUCAUGCAGCCCUUAGAAUAUGCUAAGAUUAGCAGUACGAUGGUAGAGCGAAGGCGUGAGUUAAACAGUCGUCUUGUGCAGAUUGAAGGGGAGCCGGGAAAUCAAAAUUCAGUUGAAUCGACAUGCAGCGUUGAGGAGAAUGGAGGAAAAGCGAAAGGCAAAUUCAAAAAGACGUAUAUCAUGAUUUUUGAUAAAAGCUGA